GAUUUAAUUUGAAUCCACCCCUCCAUUGGACAACAGGCUGACGGAAGCUGAGCCAAUGAAAAGUCGCAGAUCUCCAACAAGGAAGAGGAAUAACACAUUCACAAAGUUCCACGCCCUCCCAGUGACUGAAUGCGUUGAGGAGGAGCUGCAGAACGCGUGGAAAUCUUCACUGUACAUUGUGGAGUACCAGGCGUUACAUAAGUUUCGUUCAAUACCUCAGUGGUUGGCAUACAUCUCAAGUCGAUGCUCUGAUUUCAGACUUCUUCCUUGAUACCAACAGCCCUUUCGAAAUCACCAGAUCGACAUAAUUCAGUCAGAACAGACCAGGAAAGAGACAUCGCAAUGAACACAGAUAGAACUCAACUGUUUGGUCUUUCAGAAUCAGGGCCGGAGACCAUAAGUGCCCCUAAGGUUCAUUUGAAUACAUCUUAUAAACAUUUGUCAUCCAUACUUCUGAGUUCUGCUUUUCGUAGGAAUGGCAUACAUGGUUAUCGAGGAGCAAACAGAUUCAAUCCUUCAUCUUAAAAGAUCUCCUGGUAUUAGGUCCUGGUCUGUCUUAGUUGGAAUUGGUUCGAUUGGUCUAGCUGCUGCUUACUAUAGUACAGACAGUUGGGGAUGGAAGUUGUUCUAUGUUGUGGGCUGUUUAUUUGUGGCUGUACAAAACUUGGAAGACUGGGAGGAAGUCAGAUUUGACAAGAAUAAAGGGAAUGCAGUUCUUAAAAAUUUUAAUCUUUAUACAAGGAUAUUAACCAUGUGGAGUAAAAGUCCAGAACAAGUGGUGGCACAGCUUCAGCAUAUUCGUGCCGUUACUGUUGACGAGGAGAGAGUCCGCUAUUUGGGAAAAGGAUAUCUUGUGGUACUGCGGUUUGCGACUGGGUUUUCACACCCAAUUACUCAAAGUGCUGUGUUAAGUAAUCGAAGUGACGUUGAUGCUGUAGCACAACUUAUAACUAACUUCCUAAACCUUAACAAACCAUCCUUUGAAGAUAAACUGAGAUUGUCUCCAGACAGUAGUGAUGGCACUGGCAGUGACAAUGAAAAAAACUAAAGAUUAUCAUCAGGAUAUUAAGCACAGCGCCAAAAGUAAACAAGGGCUUUUAAAAAUGAGUGAACAUUUGAAGAACAUUGAAGAGUCGGCCUUAAACAAACUCGUUGUGAAACAGCACAGGCAUCAGUGUCCAACUCUUAAUACAGUCUGCAUGGCCAAUUUCUUUCCUGGUGAAAUAAAGUAUAAUUUUGCACAUUUUGGUGUUGCUAACAUAAUCCACUUGCUUUGGCGGAAUGCUACUUUGAUCAAAUGCACAAAACAAACAAGCUUUAAAAGACAAUAGCUAGUUACGUCGGAAAUAUUGAAUGGACAACCUUCCAUUUCAUUUGUGUCUGUCCUUAAAACUGUGUUCUGUUUAUAAUCCUUUUCAAUUCAUUUUGGGUUUUCUUCUAAAGCAGAAUUUAUUCAACUGAUUUUACAUAAAGUGAAAGAAUGCAAUGAAAAAAGUGCAGAUGUUUUAUAUAUUUCAGUAAAGCCAAAACAUAGACAUGGUGUUGUUAGUGUUCAAAUGGUGAGAUCUUUUGUAGUGUUUCAAAAAGUGUGUUUUGUACACAAUUGUCUUAUGAGGUUACUAUCUUUAACAGAGAUGGACAGAUUAGUAAAAGCAUGUUUCAAUGCUGAACAUCCUGUGCAGCUGUAAUUUAAUUUUGUCAGGGAUAGAGGUGUGAUACUGGCAGAUUAUUCAAGGUUUCGGGUAUUGGCCUGCUGAAAAGAUCAGAGGCUGACAAUUUUACACUGAGCACCUCAUCACCAAGGCCCGUGCAUCAUCUAAAACGCACAAUUCAGGAAUAUGAUGGAACACUCUCUUAAACAGUGCAGUUCCACCAAUGCUUGAGGAGCUUGACAACAUCCAGACAAAGCUGUUUUGUUAAUUGGUACCCCGUCAAUAACAUCAAACAUUGAUUCCCUCCACCAUUCCACUAGCAGUAAUGUGUAUCAUCAACAGGGUCACAGCAGCAACUUGUCAGGCCGUCUUCAGCAGCACCUUCCAAACCCAUGAUCUCUAUGACCCAGAAGGACAAAGCCAGCAAAUGCAUAAGUAGACCACCGCUAACAAAUUCCCUUCGAAGCCCCAUACCAUCCUGACUUGGAUUUAUGUAGUUGUUUCUUCACAGGUGCUGAGUCAAUAUCUUGGAACUCCCUUAGUGUAAGUGUACCUUCACCACGGGGACUGCAGCAAAUGAGGAAGGUAGCUGAUCAUUACUUUCAAAGGCAACUAGGGACAGGCAAUAAAUGAUAACUUUGUUAGUGAUGCCAUGUGUCAUGAGGAAACGAAAUUAAACGUACUGUAAGUUACAUCUCUCUGAGAAGGGGAUGGAGACAGUGAAAUCUUGGUUUGAUAAAUCUUUUGAGUGUCAAAAAUGGCCUAAUCUAUCCCUUUGGCAGAGAUAUGAGUUAUGAUCUUAAAUAGGUACAUUGGGUUUCACAUUGUAUGCACAUGCUGGUUCUAUUCAUGUUGGGAGAGGUGUAAAUUAAUCAUGUAUGAAUUUGUGUCACUAUUUUCAGGUCAUUGAAAACCUGGAGUGUACAAAAUUGAGGAAUGGAGCCAGCUGCUCUGAAACUCAAUGAGUUUGCAUGCUGGUAGGACAGUUGUAUGUUAGUAUUCUGGCUUAUUGGGAGAUGGAGGAGUCUGAAAGGCCCAGUUGACUCUGGGACUUGACUCACCUCCUGACAUUUCAAUCAAAUGUGAUUGAAUCAAUUGAAUUGAAAAAGCUACAAUAAUAAGGAACCAUUUCAUACUAUUUGCCAAUGCGUGUAAAUGAUCCUGGCAUGGAAAAGAAAUGGCUGAAAGCCAUUUGCAUUAUAAAGUACUGGGCUAUGUUCACUGUCAUUCUGAUUAAUCAAUGUGUAUAUCUGUUACUUUUUAUUAAAGCUAUCUCAGUAAGGAUCCUA